AUGCCAACUGCACUGAUCACCGGGUAAACUACUCUAAUACUUUAUCGCUCACAAGGACAGUCUAACAUAUCGUUAAGGUGCGGAAAGGGUGGAAUCGGCCACGCCCUGGCUCAAGAAUUCAAACGCAAUGGUAAAGAUGCUCAGUCUGGUCGCUUCCUAAGGUGUGCAUUGUACUGAAACGGGCAGCAGGCUAUACCGUCUACACGACUUUGUUGGCACAUGAAAAAACCGAUCACCUUAGUGAAGCUGGUAUCCACGUCUUUACUGCCGAUGUUACCAAGGACGAGGACGUUGAGAGGUUACGCGAGGAUAUUUCCGAUGCUACCAAUGGCAAUUUGGAUGUUCUUGUGAACUGCGCGUGAGUACAAAGCAAACGCACCUCAUCAGAAUCAAGCUAAUUCGGCCCAGCGGAAUCGGUAUGUAUCAUGUCAACAGCAAGCUUGUUUCCCUCUAUUGACUAGAUAGUGUACACCAUGACCGCCACCGAUACCGACGUCAAGGAGGUCGAGAAGAUGUUUGCCGUGAACGUGAUGGGACCUAUGAGAAUGGUACAUCUGCUUCACCCGCUGCUCAUCCAGGCUAAGGGAAAGAUCGUCAACAUCGGAAGUGUUGGUGGCAUAGUGCCUUAUGUGUAUGGGUGUAAGCCCUGCCUUCAAGUCUGCGUCGGUAUUGGAUUAGCACUGAGACAGUCACAGCCAGCUACAACGCAAGCAAAGCCGCCCUCCAUCAUUGGGGCAACACUCUACGGAUCGAGAUGAAGCCGUUCGGGUUUGUAGCUGGGUCCUGA